AUGCCAGGGCCGGAUAUAAGAGCCGAUGACAAUGUUCAUGGCGAGAUGUCUACUGAGCCCACGGCAACCGUCCACAGUGGCGUUGAGGCUAAAACAGAUAGAAAAUUAACAGUGCUUGAAACGCAUGGCUACAUUUUAGGAAGGACCAUCGGUUCUGGGUCAUAUGCAACAGUUAAGGUAGCAACUAGCGAACGACACAAUUGUCAAGUAGCAAUAAAAAUAAUAAGCAAGUUUCAAGCCCCUGGCGACUAUCUCAAGAAGUUCCUUCCCCGAGAAAUAGAAGUUGUUAAAGGACUCAAACAUGAAAACUUAAUACGUUUCCUACAAGCAAUAGAAACUACUCACAGAGUAUACAUAGUAAUGGAGUACGCAGAGAACGGCAGUCUGUUAGAUAUAAUACGGAAAGACCAGCAUAUUGACGAGCAACGCGGAAGACGGUGGUUCAAACAAUUGGUCGAAGCUGUUGAUUACUGCCACGAAAGGGGAGUCGUACAUCGAGACAUAAAAUGUGAAAAUCUGCUUAUGGACCACGGUCUCAACAUCAAGCUGUCAGAUUUCGGAUUCGCUAGAGGUCACAUGAAACCCAAAAAUGGCGUUUAUGCGCUGAGUGAAACUUUUUGCGGGAGCUAUGCGUACGCUUCUCCCGAAAUUCUAAAAGGCGUUCCCUAUAGGCCACAGGAUUCUGAUAUAUGGAGUAUGGGUGUGGUGUUGUACGCUAUAGUUUACGGUCGAUUGCCAUUUGAUGACACGAACUACACGCAACUCUUAAAGCAAGUCCAAAACAAGGUGUCCUUCCCUCGCGAACCGAAAGUGUCAACAGAAUGUCGAAAGCUUAUAACGAAAAUUUUGGCGCCAUUGAAGUUGCGUUCAAAAAUUCCACAGAUUCUAGCCGACCCUUGGCUUAGCCCUUCCGCCCCGACUAAAGAUGAAGAACUAGAUGCUAACCCUGUUAGACAAAAAUUAUUAUACAUGACUUUAAUUUAUCUAUUCCAUUUAGGGUCCAGGGAUAAUGCUCAAGCAAGCAAAGAGGAAAUAAAAAGUGUAAACAUUGGAACCGUAACGUUUGAUAGAAAAUUGGAGGAAGUUAAGUAA